AUGUCCAACACAAACUUUCCUAUUCAAAGAGAAGAUGAACUCAAACAUAACUUGGCUCAUAAAGUGCUGCCUCCUUGGAGACGAUACGAUCGUUUCGACAUAGAGUACGUGCGUCCUAGCCUUCAAUCCUCAAAAGGUUUAAACUUUUUUCAAACGCUGAAGUGGUCGCCUGGCGGUAGAAGCAUACUAGCGUUGACGGAAAAUCAAAAACUGACGAAUUGGCCAAUUUCUACAAGAGACACUGAUACGAAAGAGCAAGCUUUUAUACUUGGUAAGGAUGAGAAAAAAGCUGUCACCCCUUCAGAAUGCGUAUAUAGCUUUGCAUGGCAUCCCUUCCAGAACAAUGAAAAGCAAGAUUCUGAUUUGUUUGCGUUCUCCACUAAAGACUAUCCUAUCCAACUCUAUAACAUUGCAAAGCAACAAAGAGUAUCUUCGUUUUACAUAGUCGACCACCGUGAACAAUUCACUGGCUCUCAUUGCAUGGAUUUUACUCCAGAUGGUGAGUAUUUAAUAGCUGGUGGAACAGACAAUGUGUACUUAUUCAAUGUACAUCAAGGUCAAAAGUCUCCUGUUUCUACAACACCAACUAGCGGACAUGGAUUCUCGACGUGGGAACCCACACUCGACGGAGUUCAAUCCAGCAUAUGUCUUAAUCCUCAAAACCCUCGGACAGUUGCUUUGGGGACCUUCAAUAAUACCGUUGGUAUUUAUGACAAUUAUGGGAGCAGGCCAUGUCAACUCAAGUUUUCGUUGGCGACUGGUACCGGAAUUACGUGUAUGAAAUGGUCGCCAGACGGGUGUAAGAUGUAUGUGGGCAGUCGAAAAAGUACCCAAAUUGAAGUUUGGGAUACUCGUUACGCGCAGGAUAUGCUAUAUGAAUUAAAAGAUCAUAAAGGCGACACCAACCAAAGGAUGUCAUUUGACACUUUUGGAUAUGAAGGACUCAUAAGUGGAGGCACUGAUGGUUGUGUCUCAGUUUGGCAGGGGACUGAACUUGUUGAAAAAAUCAACGUAACAGAUCAAAGAAACGUAACAGUAGCAGCUGUCCAGAAGCACCCUUUGGAUUCUUCUUUACUUGCUUUGUGUUAUGGUAGAAGAUCCGAUAUUAUGGAUGAUGAAGACGGAUUUUCUUCAAUGGAGUAUUGGAAUUCCGCAUUCUCUUCUCUUCAACUCUGGGGGAUGAACAAUGCUUUCCCUUAA